CGGUGCAACACUGACAGACAUAACUCUGGAGUUACGCAGACAGUUCAGCACUGACUGAGACUCAGAUAACUGGAGUUACGCAGACGGUGCAGCACUGACACUCUCAGACGAACUCUGUGCGGUUGCACACUCGGCAGUGCAACACUGGUGGGAAUACAACAGGGAGGGAGCGUUUGAGAGUAACAGCGGAGUCCAGUUCAGUAGUGACUGAAGCAGCACUGAGAGUCUGUCCAUCUAACUGCGGAGUCUCUCCGCCCGAAGUUGUCGCGCGCGCGCGCCGUCUCCCCGCUGACGCACGUGCUGGAGGGGCUCCUCGCGCCUUCGCUCGCUCUCGGUUCUCCUGGCAACAGCGCGUGUUGUCGGUCCGUUACCACGAAGUCUCUGUUCUCCAGGAAUUAUGGAAAUACUCAGCGUGCUGUACUGCGGAAAAUGUGUCUUGGUCCGAGUUACUGACAUCCUCAGUCAGCCUUGUGCAUCCAAAUGAAAAUCCUUCAACCAACGUUUUCAGUACCAUCAAUCAUGUGUUUGACGUGCACUUCACCUGUAAUUCUACUAGAAGUUCAGCCCUGAUUGAAGCAGCUGUCACCAAGGAAACAGAAGAGUCUAUGAACUGUGAGCCAUCAGCCAUGUGCUCUCCAGUGUUCUGUCACAUGUUGCAGAUGGGCUGCGUCAGGGCGUUCACAGAGGGUGAACCCUGCUGAGAGGCAGAGACAGCAACCGUGCCCCACUUUGCACCAAGCGAGACAGAUGGAAAAGAGAGCACUCCGGCCCCCCUCAGAAGACUCAAGGGAGUUGGAGGGCAGCUGGGGGUCCAGGGAGAGCCCUGUGGGAGAUGAGGACUUCUGCCUGGAGAUGGAUGAGAAUGGCAUCAUCGGGCUGGGAGAGGAGCUGCUCUGGGAGGAUGGGUCACCAGACCUUGAAGAAGAGCCCUGGUCUCAGGCUGGCAGGGACCUCCAGGAGGACCUGAGUGAACUACUGGGAUCAGAUUCCCUGUCUGCUUCUCCUGAGGAGCUCAGACACACUCUGUCACUUUGUGACCUAGAAGACAUGAGGAGUGGGAACAGUGUGGUAGAGCACUUAAUUGGUGAGGAAGAGGAGCAGAGCUGCGCCAUCUGUGGCGAGCAGGCUGAGUCGCCACCAGAGAGGGAUGGGCAGCUGGAAAUGUCAGAGGAGGAGCUAGACAGGGAGGGUGGACAUAGAGGAGGUAUAGGGGUGUGGCUUGACCUGACAACCCCUGGUGGAGAGGAGGAGACUAUGACCAAGGGUGGAGCAGCACUGGCAGUAGCACCCCUUGAGCAGUGGGAGGACAAGUCUGAGGAGGUCAAACCCCAGGAGAUCAGCCGCUCUGCGUGGCCUUCAAAUACAGUUGUCCAGCCAGUCUGUGUUGUGGAUGAAUACAACUUGCUCACCAGGGCCUCAGUGGAGAGCCAGGAGCCAAGAGUUUUGUACCCCCUGGCAUCAGACAGUAAGCCUGUAGAGGGGUUGAGAGGUGAGAGAGACCCCUCUUUAUUCCCUAUCCCAUUACCCAGGAAAGGGAAGCCAAGGCUACAUGAGAACAUGCAGCUGUCUCCCACUCCCAGAAUGAGUACAAAAGCUCAGAUGUCUCCUCCACGGUCACACCCAGGUCUUUGCUCACCUACACGGGAUAGCCAAGGUCACGUGAACCCUGCAGAAGCCCCCAAAAAGCCAUCCAAAGGAAGUCCUUGCUUGGAUGGCAGCAGGAGAGGGCAGCUGACUCACCGCCUGCCCGACUUUUCCCGAGUGGAGCCCAAGGUCCGAUUCCCCAAGGAGGUGUACAAGCCUCCGAGGAGCAAGAGGCCUGUCCAAGGGAGGGGCUCUGCCACGGAGAUGCCACUGGUCUUUAAGUCCCCUGCAGAUAUCGUGAGGGAGGUUCUACUGAGCGGACCUGACGGGCCUCCAGCCGGCCCGCCCUCCCUCACACGUUCCUGCCACCCCCUCCGUGCCGCUCUGCCACAGGAGUUCCGCUCACCCCAGCAGGCUCACGCCCUCGUUCACCAGCUGCAGGAGGACUACAACAGACUUCUCACCAAGUAUGCCGAGGCGGAAAACACUAUAGACCGACUGCGCCUGGAGGCCAAGGUGAACCUGUAUGCAGACCCCCCUAGACCAAGUAAUCCUGUCUGCUCUGGCACCAUCAGCACCGCCAGUUCAAAGGUCAUGAACCUCGCCUUUCCGCAAGCCCAGAAAGCAGAGUUCAGACCCACAGCUGAGCCUUUGCCUCCAGCUGCAUUCAGUCCAGAGCAGGCAGGAGCAGGCCAUGAAAUUCCUUCCUCUCAGACCACCCCUCCGUCGCGAAGUCUCAGCCUCCGAGAUGGUGGACAGCGGGGCCAUGUUCUCUCCAGGCAGGCUGAGCACUUCCAGUCACGACUUGAUUCCUUUGAAGACCUUCUGAGGAAAGGGAAGCUCAAACUCUCUGAGCUGAUCAAGAGUCUUUCAGACCUGGGCCAGGAGCAGGAGGCCCUUGAGAGAGGCUACUUGGAAGCACGAGAUGAGCAUCGCCUUCUGCAGCAACAAGGGAACGAGUCGGGGACCUUUGACCCAGACAGGGAGUUAGAGGGGCAGAUCUUCCGCUCAGGCAUGCGGCUGGAAGAACUGAGGGAGCGAGUGGGACAUGGGUCUCCUGAACACCCCCUCUCUACUGCCCUGUCGUCUCCACGGAAUGGUGGCGAUCCCACCCCACUACCUGAGAGUCCCGUGUCCCCUGUUGAGGGUGGCACCGUGAACCGAGAGGUGAGCUCUGUGAGUGGGGAAAGUGAGGUUGAGGUUGAACCUGAGGGGGAAGACUUGCCCAACACUUUUCUUUUGCCACUGCAACUCAAGCAAGAGCGCGUGGAGCGUGACUUCAACACCCUGCUGGACCAGCACCAGAUUUUCAAGGAGCUCCCACGGGUGCUGGACCUGGGUCAGGGGUCAGCGGUCACAGACUGCAGAGCAGCACAUGCAGUACUCCCUGGGACUAAUGGGUUAGAUGUAAAGCAUAAUUAUGCAAAGAGUGUUGAAAGAGACCAAAGUGGAAACCAGACACCGCUACAGGGAUCCAUGGCAGCGUUGCCAGAUGGGAAACCCGCACCCACACCCAGGAAGCAGCUGAAGACAAGUCUUGAGGAACCUGUCCCCAACUCCUCCAGGCCCUCAGGGGUUGCCAGAGUGAAACUACACAGCAGCAGCCUGACAAGCCUGGGGGAGAGCUCUUCCUCAGAGCACCAGGCUUUCAAGCUGCACCAUAAUCACGGGAGAGCGCCACUUGUGGAUGGAAUUGUAUCUCCGGAGACAGACAGUGGAUUCAUGGGCUCUGAAAGCAGUCAUUUAACCCCUGCAGUGCAUGCCCCCUUCCAUCAAACAGUGAGUUGGGUUCCCUUUCCCUUCUCCAGGCCUUCUGAUCCUUUGGCAGAAAAAGGAGCAAAAUCCCACCAAAGCCCUCCUGAGCCCCUCUCAGCCUCCGCCCCUACACCAACUCGGUCCCAGAGUGGCACCGUGGGCCUCAGUGAACAUCCACCAUUGUGGGAUCAAGCUGAAUCCCGCAGUGGGUUGGCUCUACCCAGCACUAGCUCUCCGCAGCACUGGGCACGCAGUGUGACCAGCGAGACUGCAACCUGCAGUGUGUCAGAAGGAGAAGAUGGCCGGGGCAUUGGUUUCCCAAGUGUGACCGGUGAGAAGCUGUUUCGGCAGAGGAGCCCCUCUCUUUCCUCAUCACGUACUUGCAUUGAUCCCUUUAGAUCUGGUGGGCGUGGCCAGCUGCCUGGGCAACGCAAGGCCAUUCAGUCUCUGCAAGCUGAGGUGGACCGGCUAAAGGAGAGCCUGGAGAGCAGCCUUCGACACACUGUCGCACCCACAAUCCACGCAGGAGUGCCGCACACUCGGAACACCUCGCUCCAUGCCAGGUCCACUCAGCAUCAUGGUGACAGUGGACAGAGAGAAGACGCUGAGCAGGAAGAAGAGGAAUUAGGGAUGAGGAGGGUUGAGCGGCCUGGUCCCGUCCUCCGAGGGAGAUCUACCUCUACCCCACGCAGGAGACCCGAGCACAGCACGUCCCCUGACAGCGAGUGUGCUCGUACCCCAACGUGCCGUGCAGCACAAGGAGUGAGAAGACAGGCUCGAACGUUUGUCACACACAGAGGAUAUAGUUCCAGACCAGAGCACAGUGUGACACUGCCUAGCGAGGAUAAUGAAACAAACUCACUGGAGAACAAGAGUCUACUGUGUCCAGAACCCUGGCACCAUCCUCCUGGAAAGCGGGUGCCAAGGAGUUCCACAGUGUCUCCAGAUGCCCAUCCCUGUUCACAACACUGUCCACUGUGCAAAGGGUCAGGGCAGGUGCACAGGGCCGAUGUGAAUGUGGAGCGGGACUCAAAGACUCAGAGAGUCACCCCCCACCAUGGCCAACCCAGGAAUACUUCUCGCAGUGGCUCAAGGGGGUGGUUUAUGAACACACCCCUGCCCCCAGCAGUCCUCAGCAGUGUACCAGUGGUUCAGUGUGUCCCUGUUUAUCCAUCAGUGCUGUAUUAUGCCAGCCCUGUGCUAAAGGCAACACCUUCGCAUGCACAACCUGUCUGCCUUCCACUGGGUGAGAGCAGAGAGGACACUAGGGUCAGAACUCAAGGGGGGAGUCGUUAUCCACGCAGGUCCCAUUCAGCAGAUGCGGCGCAGCUCAGCAGAUCCCUGAGCCAAGCCAUCGAGGUUGCCGCAAACAUGAAGAUCACCUCCCAAUGCAUGGUCCACUCGCUCACGUCUGGGCUUCGCCACCAAAGGGCGUUGACACACACUUCCUUGCACUGAAGAUCCCAACGGCAGGGGUCGCAACAUGACGAUCUGCCCCAGCGACAAAUGCUGCGUUGACUUUUCUUACUCAGGGCAUAGAGUUGCUUGAGUUUAUCUGGGCUCCUCUCAGAGGAAAUGUUUACAGAAAGGAAGCACAGCACAUAAGGUUAAUUCUUGAAACUGAAGGUACGAAUUCCCUGCCCCCCCCCUUUCUCUGCAAUCCCAUUUCUGAUAAAAUAGUGUUUUGUAACUUGUCACUCUGUCUGAGCAGCUAAGCACUAUAAAAGCAUUUAUUCCUCUAAUUCUGUAAUUGAAAGAGCAGAGUCUGUUGUCCUUCCGCCAAGGUGGUUAUCUGCUUGUGGAAAAGGAAAGCUGAGAACGUGCUUCCCUGAUUAAUUAGUUGCUGAUCAUUUAAUGAAUAAUUUCAAAGGUUAGAUCAUCCAUCUUCAUUUUAAAUGUGCUUUUUACCUAAGAAUUACUGUUCAAAACCUAAAGCUGCUUGAGACAUGAAUUUUUUUUUACAAUGGCUAAUGAAAGACCUAUCUUUGCAAUACAAGCGGUUCUGAAAAUGUGUGUACUUGAAAUUGUUAAAUUGGAUUCUUAUGUUUAUGUUAAUGAAGGUGUUUUAUGAAAGUACUAAUCUCGCAUACAUUUUGGUACUUAACAGUUCUGCGCGGUGAUAUUUGAGAGUGGCAGUGUGGAGUUAUACGUCAGGGAUGCAGGUUGGUUUUUCCCAGGAAUAUGUAAUUAACUGUGUGUGACUUGUACUGUGUUAAAGGUCCUGUUGUCCGUUAUGAUUUUAGUUUUUCACUUUACUGGAGAUGGACGAUGAGUCCUCAGCAGUGCUGACUCCUUUACCACCAAUACAGAUACCAGAAAUAGGUUUUACUUAUUUACUUACUGGUUAUUUGCAGGCACUUGUUGCGAGAUUAUAAAGGUGGGCUUUCCAACUCCUUGCACUGCUUGUAGUUAGUGUUCAUGUCAGGUGACCUUUAUUCUUCCUUAAAUCAUUCAGGGCUGAAAUAUGAAGGCACUUGGUGGCCCACCCAUUUUCCGAGAUUCAGAGAGGUCAGUCUGAGCGCUCAUCGGAUAAAGGGCCCCUCAGGACAGAUGAGUGCAGCUAUUUGCUUUCGCACUGCUAGGUAGGUAGAGAAUUUAGCCCUGAGUAUAUGUAUAUUCUAAAUAGCGUCCAAGUUUUAAUAAAAUUAACGUAACAUGGCUUAGAAAUCAUGUGACAGCAGCGGUAGAGGAAUCCAAGGACACAAGACCAAAUUUUGUCUUAACUUAUUGUAAUGUUAUCUUUUUUGUGUUUGUGUCCAAAUUUAAGCACACUUUCAAGUGUCACACAACCGUUUUUUUUUGUUUUUUAAAGUGUGUGUGUAUAUUUGCAUGCUGCAGGGCAGCACAGUAUACACACAUGCCACUUAUCUGUAGUUUUUAAAUCUGUGGAAUAUUUACCAUGUUAAAUUGUGACUCCAGCAGACUUUGACAGAAAAUAAGAUAUAUUUCUUUAACGUGAAUGAAGUAGUCUUACUGCUAGGUUGAUGUUUCAGCAGAGUGUAUUGUAGCAGUAACAUUCAGGAAAAGCAAUUGUUUUUACAAUAUUUGUAAAACUAGCAACUUUUUUUUUUUUUUUUUACUGAGUUCUUUAAGCAGGACAUUAAAUGUUAGAGGUUUUUGAGCUUUUGUAGUAUGAAUGAAUAUUUUGUACAGGAGAAAGCUUUUUU